ACAAUGUAUGAAUACAACUCAGAAUGGGGAUUGCUCAUACUGUUGCAAUGACAAUUUCUGUAACAGCGCCGGAUGUGGUGAUGGUGGUUUCCAGAAUCCAUCUACGAGGGGACCAUUAUGUAUGAACUGUUCAAAUGUAAAAGAUAAGGAAAUGUGCCACAAUAUUCAACUGUGUCAAAUGGACAAGGUUUGCCGGAUAGAAAAAUUGGACACUGGAAAUAAUUUCGUAUACAAUAUGGGCUGCACUGAUCCUAAGACAUGUACUUCUAAGCGGUCUAUCAACGGAUUCUCACCUCGAGAUGUUCCGGUUUGUUCUCAUUGUUGCCGACCAGAUUUCUGUAAUCUUGAAUGUUCAAGCGGAGGAACUGGGCCUUCUAUCGUUGGAUGAUUGGACGAUGCUAUUGUUUGAAUUGUAUAAUCUAUUUAUAGAAACAAUAAGUUGAUUAACAUGACGGCGGAGUAAAGUAGCACUGAAAUUCAAGGCUGUCAAUUCAGUUUGUGUUUUGUUUUAUUAAUACACUGUAUUUAUUUCUUCGCUGCAUGCAAGAUAAAAAUAAGAUUACAAUGAAAAUAAAACUACAAUUGUAAAAAGCGGAGAAAACAUAAUACAUGUACUGUUAAAAAGGAUAACAAA